UUUUUUACUUCCUUUCUCUUGCCGAUCUGCAAUUUCUAAAGCAACUUCUCUUCUCUCUUUAGAUCUCGCCUUCCACAAAUACCUUUACGACCCCUUCGGUUUUAAUUUGAUCCUCAGUUUCUUGAAAAUCAUCUUGUAGAUCUUCGAUGGCCUGCCACUGAAGGUGUACGCCUCUGAAAGCGACGCCGGCAGAGUUGUGAGAGUGCCUAUUAAUAACAAACGUAGUCAUAUUACUAAUAAGAAUGGGGACUGAAAACCCUGGUCGACCAAAUUUUCCCAUGAGACCUUCCUUUACCCCUUUUGCUUCCGCUCCUCCAACUGUAAGACCUUUUUCGCCAUCUGGUCCUGGAACAGGAUCAGAAAGCAGCAAUUUUAGACCUAUUCCACCUGGUGCACCCCCGACUAUGACGCCUUUCUCAGCAGCUGGACCUAGCCCGCCCGUUCGUUUUAGUGAUCCAUCAGUUCCUUCUGCACCCAUAGCAUCUGUCCCACCUUCUGGGGCACCUUAUCAGCGAUUUCCAACACCACCAUUUCCUUCAGCUGCCCAAGCACCCCCUAAUCGUGCACCACCCAUGGGGCAGCCACCAUUUCAACCUCCUGCAGGUCAAAUAUCAGUGCCACCACCUUUUUUUCGACCACAGACACAAGUACUGCCUGUGCCAAUGGGAUCUCCGCCACAAAAUGCAAAUUUUCCUCCAUCCAGUAUGAAUGUUCCACAACCUCCAACUGAUUCAUCGUUAUCAGGGCCUAGACCCAAUUUCCAGCCACCUUUUCCUGGAUAUCCAAGCAAGCAGCCUGCAGUUUCACAAGCGCCGUCACCAUUUCCUGCCCAGCAAGGAAGUUUUAUGCCUCCACCUGCAUCGCCUUCUCCCUUUCCUAGUCAGCAGGGAAGUUAUGGUCCUCCACCAGUAUCAGCUACCUUGGGCUAUCAAUCAAGAGACCAAAUGCAACAUCCAGGCUCUGCACCUCCUACUGGCGGUGUCCAAAGAUUGACAGAAGAUUUUAGUUCACUCUCUGUUCAAUCUAUUCCUGGAACAAAUGAUCCAGGACUUGAUAAUAGAUCACUUCCUAGGCCGUUGGAUGGUGAUGUGGUGCCAAGUUCUUUUCUUGAGAUGUAUCCCAUGAAUUGCGAUCCAAGAUACCUACGGCUUACUACAGCUGCUAUACCAAAUUCCCAGUCUUUAGUUGCAAGGUGGCAUUUGCCUCUUGGAGCAGUUGUUUGUCCUCUUGCAGAGGCUCCUGAAGGGGAGGAAGUACCAGUAAUUAAUUUCGCUUCAACCGGUAUUAUUCGUUGUAGAAGAUGCCGCACUUAUGUGAACCCCUAUGUAACAUUUACAGAUGCUGGAAGAAAGUGGCGGUGCAACAUUUGUUCUUUACUAAAUGAUGUUCCUGGUGAGUAUUUUGCUAACUUGGAUGCCACUGGAAGAAGAAUUGAUUUGGAUCAGCGGCCCGAACUUAUAAAAGGCAGUGUGGAAUUUGUUGCACCAACUGAAUACAUGGUGCGGCCUCCAAUGCCGCCACUGUACUUUUUUCUCAUUGAUGUUUCAAUAUCUGCAGUAAGAAGUGGUAUGAUUGAGGUUGUUGCUGAAACUAUACGCUCAUGUUUGGAUGAGCUGCCUGGCUUCCCCAGAACACAAAUUGGAUUCAUUACUUAUGAUAGUACCGUCCACUUUUACAAUAUGAAGUCAUCUCUUACACAGCCUCAAAUGAUGGUGGUUUCAGAUUUGGAUGAUAUAUUUGUGCCAUUGCCAGAUGAUCUCCUUGUUAACUUUUCUGAAUCUAGAAAUGUGGUUGAAACAUUCCUGGAUAGUUUGCCCUCCAUGUUUCAGGACAAUGUGAAUGUGGAAUCUGCUUUUGGUCCUGCACUUAAGGCAGCAUUCAUGGUUAUGAGUCAACUUGGGGGAAAGCUGCUAAUAUUCCAGAACUCACUGCCUUCCCUGGGAGUUGGGCGUUUGAAGUUGCGUGGGGAUGAUCUUCGAGUGUAUGGAACUGAUGAGGAGCAUAUAUUAAGAUUACCAGAAGAUCCCUUCUACAAGCAAAUGGCUGCUGAUCUUACAAAGUACCAGAUAGGGGUUAAUAUUUAUGCCUUCAGUGACAAAUACACUGACAUAGCUUCGUUAGGAACCCUGGCAAAAUAUACUGGAGGUCAAGUAUAUUACUAUCCAAGCUUUCGAUCAGGCAUUCAUGGAGAUAAGCUGAGGCAUGAGUUAGCCAGAGAUCUCACUAGGGAAACAGCCUGGGAAGCAGUUAUGCGCAUCAGAUGCGGAAAAGGGAUUCGGUUUACAUCUUAUCAUGGCAACUUUAUGCUGAGGUCCACAGAUUUACUAGCACUUCCAACGGUGGACUGUGAUAAAGCAUAUGCAAUGCAGUUAUCCCUUGAGGAGACACUGCUGACAACUCAAACAGUAUAUUUCCAAGUUGCUUUAUUAUAUACUGCAUCUUGUGGAGAGAGGCGUAUCAGAGUAUAUACAGCGGCUGCCCCUGUUGUUACUGAUCUGGGGGAGAUGUACCGCCAGGCUGACACUGGUGCCAUUUUUUCUUUGUUUUCUAGAUUAGCAAUUGAGAAAACUUUGACUGGUAAACUUGAAGAUGCUAGAAAUUCUUUGCAACUAAUGCUCGUAAAAGCACUCAGGGAAUAUCGCAAUCUAUAUUCUGUGCAGCAUCGGUUGGGAGCUAGGAUGAUUUAUCCAGAGUCUCUAAAGUUCUUAUGUUUGUAUGGAUUAGCACUCUUUAAAUCCGUACCUCUAAAAGGAGGAUACGCGGAUGUGCAGCUUGAUGAACGCUGUGCAGCAGGUUUCACGAUGAUGGCAUUACCUGUUAAAAAGUUAUUGAAGCUUUUAUACCCCAGCUUGAUUCGAAUUGAUGAGUAUCUUUUGAAGCCAUCUGCUCAAGCUGAUGAUUUCAAAAACAUCAUGAAGAGGUUGCCUUUGGUUUCAGAAAACCUAGAUUCAAGAGGCCUAUAUAUAUACGAUGAUGGUUUUCGCUUUGUUAUUUGGUUUGGUAGAAUGGUUUCACCCGAUAUAGCGAAGAAUUUACUCGGACCAGACUUUGCAGCCGAAUUAUCAAGGGUGACACUUACCGAGCAUGAUAACGAAAUGUCGAGAAGGCUGAUGAAGAUAUUGAAGAAACUAAGAGAGAGUGACCCUUCAUAUUAUCAACUUCCUUAUCUCGUAAGACAAGGUGAACAACCCAGGGAAGGUUUACUGCUGCUUGUUAAUCUUAUCGAGGACCAGAUGGGUGGUACCACUGGUUAUGCCAAUUGGAUAACGCUAAUACACCGACAAGUCCAACAAAACUGAUGAUACACAAGUAAUUGUUUGGGAGAUCAUUGUGGUAUGUCGUAAAUUCUUCUGCACCGGCUGGUUUCCAUCGGAGUUGAACGGAUGGAUCCGAUCGGCUUGAAGAUUUGCAGGAACCAAAUUUUUUGUUCAUUACAAAAUUCAAGUAGGGAGAAAAACCUCUGGUUCUAGGUUGAGAAUUUAUGUUGAAAGCAAAUCAUUGUUAAAAUUAUUGCCUUGCAAAUUUUUGGUUUAGAAAAAAGGUGUGAACAACUCGUGUGUUUUAGUGUACUUUGGGGGUUUGGAAUGUUAAAUUUUGUGUUUGUGGUUGUAAUGACUUAAGUCCAUAUCAACAACUCUUAAAUGGCAAGACAAAUUUAGGUAGUUCGGUCAUAAAAA